CGGCGUGUACAGCAGAAUCAGCUGUUCCAUCAGGCAUUGUUACAAAGAGAUCUGCAGUGGGUCAAGAGACGAGAACCGGGACUUGCAUCAUUCACUAAGAAGCCCUUGUACAACGACGUUCCGUAUUCUUUCACGUCAAUUUUAUACAUAAAAACAAAAAUGGCGACUAGCGAACAGAAACUCAUGACGGCAAUCCAAGCCCCAGUCGCUCACUCAGGAAGCAAAGUUACGAUCGUUGGUGUCGGCCAGGUUGGAAUGGCCUGUGCCUUCAGCAUAAUGACUCAGGGUAUCGCCUCUGAGUUGGCGCUGAUCGACGUGAUGGAGGACAAACUCAAGGGCGAACUCAUGGAUUUGCAACAUGGUUUGGCUUUCCUCGGCAAUAUUAAAAUUAAUGCUGGCUCAGAUUACGCCCUUUCGGCUGGUUCAAAAUUGUGCAUCGUGACAGCUGGAGCUCGCCAGCGUGAGGGUGAAUCCCGGUUGAACUUGGUUCAACGUAACACAGAUAUUUUGAAGGGCAUGAUCCCUAAACUUGUCCAACACAGCCCCGACACUAUUCUCCUCAUCGUGUCCAACCCUUGCGAUUUAUUGACCUAUGUUGCCUGGAAACUCAGUGGAUUGCCCAAAGAACGUGUCAUCGGAUCUGGAACCAAUCUUGAUUCUUCCCGAUUCCGCUUCCUCUUGUCAGAGCGAUUUAAUAUCGCACCCAACUCCACCCAUGGUUGGAUCAUCGGAGAGCAUGGCGACUCCAGUGUUCCCGUCUGGUCUGGUGUCAAUGUUGCCGGCGUUCGAUUGAGAGAUCUCAACCCGGCUGCAGGAACUGAAGCCGACACCGAAAACUGGGGUCAGAUCCAUACACAAGUCGUGCAAAGUGCUUACGAAAUCAUCCGUUUGAAGGGCUACACUUCGUGGGCUAUUGGUUUGAGCGUGUCCAUUCUUACCAAGGCCAUUUUGAAAAACACUCGCAACGUGUUCGCUGUCUCUACUUUUGUCCAAGGAGUCCAUGGAGUAGAGCAGCCAGUUUUCCUCUCCGUCCCUUGCGUAGUUGGUGAAAAUGGUAUUACCGACAUCAUCCAACAAACUUUAACAGACGGUGAACGCGCUCAGCUUCAAAAGUCAGCCGUCACUCUGAAUGAAGUUCAAGUUAACCUUGUGUUAUAAGAUAUUGUAUAAUGUAUUAAAUUCGAAAUGUCACUGUAUUAUUCGAAUUAUGCCUCUUCAUUGAACAUAAUUAGUAUAUGUAUGUCCUAGAAUACAUGGUUGUGAAGUCA